CCCCUCCCACUGGUGGACAGACCCAGCCAGAGUCCCAGACAAAGCCUCACUGGUUCCAGCUGUGCCCAGUGGUGCCUGGCUGUGACAAAGGCCACUUGUUAACACCCGUCCCCCUCCCCCAGCCCAGCACCCUCGGGUGAUGGAAUGUGAGGAGUGAUCUGGGAACAGGAUGACCUUGGUACUCUGGCAGGGGUGGCGGUGACUGACCUCUGUGUAUGUGUGUGAGAUGGGGGCUGACUCCGAGCCUGGGCUGGAUGGGGACAGCAGGAGGGGCCUGCUUCUGGGCCCAGGGGCCUUGUUGGGGGCAACGGCCCCUGUAAGAGGAAGUAUGGUUGGGUUACAUCAGCAGGAGAGGCCUCUGAGCUGCGCUGACCCUUCUUCUGCCGUUUCUCGCCGGGAGGGCGGGCCGCAGGCACCCCACCGCCUUCCCCUUUUCCCAGGGACUGGUGAUGUCGAGGAAAUAGAUGGGGAACUGCUCAACCCUACACCCUUCCUUCCGGUGCUUCUUUUCCUCCCAGCAGAUGGCUAGCGGGAGGCCGCGCCCAGGCUCUGAGCUGCGCUAGGUCUGCAGACGGGUGCGGGCCGUAGACAUGGCCUUCGUCCUCAAUGUCCCCGAGAUCCCAGAGGACUCGAGUAGCCAGGAGCCCAGCCCCUAUGAUGAGGACGAAGUGCACGACUCCUUCCACCAGCUCAUUCGGGAGCAGAGCCAGUGGGUAGCGGCUGCUGGGCCCGAGACUGCAGGGCCUGAGGCAGGGCUGGAGCUGAUGGAGAGGGAGCCAGGUGCUGGAACCCCUGGGGCCCCAGGUGGUGGCCACCAGUCCGACCUGGGGCCUGGGGGCGCCCCUGCGUACAGCGCGGCCACGCUCCGCAUCCUGGCCAACAUGCCCAGCCGCACCAUUGGCCGCAGCCGAGGUGCUAUCAUCUCUCAGUACUAUAACCGCACGAUCCGGCUGCGACGCCGGAGCAGCCGGCCCCUGCUCAGCGCCAUGGGACGCUCCGCCCGGCCCAGCCUCCGCUCGCACGACCUGGAGCUGGACCCCAUGGCCUACCAGGAGGAAGAGAAGCGUAGCCUCCUGGUCAGGGAGCUCCAGGGCCUGACGGGGGCCCAGCGGGAUCACAUGCUCCGCAGGAUGCCCCUAAGCCUGGCCGAGAAGCGCUGCCUGCGAGAGGCGAGCGAGACGGCGAGGGAGACGUGGAGGGGCCAGCAGGGCCGGCGCGGGGUCUGGUCCUGCUGCAGCCAGUUCAAGUACGGCUGCGUCCUGGCCCUGCACAACCUGGGGCUCGGGCUGCUCUCGGGCCUGCAUGCGCUGACGCCCUGGCGCUACGCCCUGAAGCGGAUCGGGGGCCAGUUCGGCUCCAGCGUGCUCUCCUACUUCCUCUUCCUCAAGACCCUGCUGGCCUUCAACGCCCUCCUGCUGCUGCCCCUGCUGGCCUUCAUUGUGGGUGUGCAGGCUGCCUUCCCGCCCAGCCCGCCACACCCCACCCCCGCCUUCACUGGGCUGGAGCUCCUCACAGGCGGGGGCUAUUUCACCCACACCGUCAUGUACUACGGUUACUACAGUAACACCACGUUGAACCAGCAGUGUGCCCCCCCGCUGGAUGGCAAUCAGUGCACUCGUGGGGAAGGUGGCCUGCCCUACAACAUGCCCCUGGCCUACCUCUUCACCAUGGGUGUGGCCUUCUUUAUCACCUGCAUCACCCUGGUUUACAGCAUGUCCCAUUCUUUUGGGGAGAGCUACCGGGUGGGCAGCACCUCGGGCAUCCAUGCCAUCACUGUCUUCUGCUCCUGGGACUACAAGGUGACUCAGAGGUGGGCCUCCCGCCUCCAGCAAAACAAUCUCCGGACCCAGCUGAAGGAGCUGCUGGCCGAGUGGCAGCUGCGGUUGGUCCCCCGAAGCAUGUGGGGGCAGUUGAAGAGGGUGGCUGUGCUGGGCCUGGUGUGGCUGCUGUGCCUGGUGACCACGAUGGGCUGUGCCAUGGCCGUCUACACCUUCUCAGAGCUCAUGAUCCAGAAGGUGGCCACCAGCCAGGAGGCGGCACUGCUGACCUUGCCCCUGGUGGUGAGCCUCAUCAACCUGGUGGCCCCCUACCUGUACCGCGGGCUGGCUGCCCUGGAGCAGCACGAGUCGCCGGUGCUGGAGGUGUACGUGGCCAUCUGCAGGAACCUCAUCCUCAAGAUGGUCAUCCUGGGCAUCCUGUGCUACCACUGGCUGGGCCGCAGGGUGCGCGCCCUGAAGGGCCAGUGCUGGGAGGACUUUGUGGGCCAGGAGCUGUACCGUUUCAUGGUGAUGGAUUUCAUCUUCAUGCUGGUGGACACGCUCUUCGGGGAGCUGGUGUGGAGGUGAGGGGCCAGAGUGGCAGGGAGAGCUGGGUCCCGUGAGCGCAGCGCCCCCUGCAGGCUGAGUCCAGCGCCCCCUGCAGGCUGAGUCCUCGCCUUUGCCCUCUGGGCACGCCGGGCUAACCCACAAAGACAGGCAAGGCCGGGGUGGGGAGGUUUCAGGCAUCAUCUGGGAGGGUCUUAGUCCUUGGGAAAGCAGGGCCCCGGGCGGGAGACCCUGGGCCUCCCAAAUCAGGGCCCCAAAUCUCUACCCUUGGCAGUUUAUUUUGUACAGGAUCGUUAGAGGAGAAAAACGCCCACGAGACAGGAUGUAGCGCAUUUGCAUUUAUAGGUUGGAAAGAAAAACCAGUUUCAAAACAAUGUGUCUCUUAUAAUCUCAGUGGUUAAGAGCUCGGCUACUAACAGAAAGGUCAGCAGUUUGAAUCCACCAGCCACUGCUUAGAAACCCUGUGGGGCAGUUCUACUCUGUCCUAUAGGGUCGCUAUGAGUUUGAAUCCGCUCAACAGCAACGGGUUUGGUUUGGUUUUCUUGUGGUAAAAUAUACAUAACAAAACAUUUUCCAGUCAUUCAUUUUUGCGUGUACAAUUAUAAUCUCGGUUGUGUUCAAAGAAACAAAAGGUGGAGAGAACAUGGAGGGACAUUUUCAAAAUGCUGGCUGGUCCCCCGUGGGCGCUGGCGUUUCAGGUUGUGUUUAUUUCCUGCUUUGUGUGUGUCUGUAUUUUCUCUGAGAACGCACGAAUUUAGUAAUACUAAAGAAAAAGACUUUUUUAGUGGACUUUAUUUUUUAGAACAGUAUUUAGGCUUACAGAAAAAUUGAGCAGAAAGAGUCCUUUCUGUGGUUCCUUUGUUACAAUUGAUGAACCAAUAUUGAUACGGUGUUAUUAACUGGAAU